AGUAUUUGUUGCUUAGUUUUAGCAGAGAUUGCAAAGCAUUUGGGUGUGUUUUUUGUGUUGUCACUGUGUUGCUGUGCUGUCAUCGUCACGACCACUGCAAAGAUUGAAAGUGUAUUGAAGAAAGGCAAAAAGCGACUCGGGAUUAUAGAAGUACAUGCAUAUGCACAUACACAAAUGUGAAUAAAAAGCCAGCCACUCAAAAAAUUGGCAAUUUUUCAAGAAAUUAAAUAAAAACAAUAACAAAUGGUCAGUAGUCGAAAAGUAGCUGUGUGCCGCGCUUUGUUGACAUUGAAAUUGUGUUGAAACGUGUUUGAAGCAAAAAUUUUAUGAAUUUUAAUAUAAGAAGUUGUGUAAUCGCAGCAAUAGCAGCAACUAUAGUAAACUGAUUGGCUUUAAUUAGGAGGUCAAACGAAAAAAGUGAAAUAAAAAUUUUUUAGAUAGCGAAAAAUAGUGAGCAAAUCAACAUUAUUGCAUACCAACACACACACACACAGUCCAGCCGCACACGGAUAAAGGAAGGUAGAAACGAGUAAUUAAGCAACCAAUUGAAUCAGAUAGUCAGAGUGGGGGUCCCCCACCACCCGCAGUAACGCUGCAGACACGUCAACUCCAACACAUCCACCAACAACGCGAAAAACUGGUAAACCAAGCAGAAAAUUCUCAGAAUUCAGCCUGCAAAAAAGGCACUAGUGUUACAACAAAAAUUGCCAAGAUAACCACAUAAUCAACUAGUAGAGUAAAGCAUUCGGCACACCAAUCUUAAAGCACAGCUACAAUACAAGUUUUUUCCGCCAUCCCAUCCCACCAUGCAGGCCAUCAAGUGCGUCGUCGUCGGCGAUGGUGCCGUGGGUAAGACUUGCCUACUCAUUAGUUACACCACAAAUGCCUUCCCUGGCGAGUAUAUACCCACCGUCUUCGAUAAUUACUCCGCCAAUGUGAUGGUCGAUGCGAAACCCAUUAACCUGGGUCUUUGGGAUACAGCCGGUCAAGAGGAUUACGAUCGUUUGCGUCCACUCUCCUACCCGCAGACUGAUGUUUUUCUCAUAUGCUUUUCACUUGUGAAUCCGGCCUCUUUUGAGAAUGUACGCGCCAAAUGGUAUCCAGAAGUACGUCAUCACUGCCCCAAUGUACCGAUCAUUUUGGUUGGCACGAAAUUAGAUUUGCGCGAUGAUAAGGCUACUAUUGAAAAGCUGAAGGAGAAGAAACUCACACCCAUCACCUACCCACAGGGCUUGGCUAUGGCCAAAGAAAUUGGUGCUGUCAAAUAUCUGGAAUGUUCGGCGCUGACGCAAAAGGGUUUGAAAACGGUCUUCGACGAGGCCAUACGUUCGGUGUUGUGCCCGGUGAUGCGCGUCAAGCGAUCACGCAAAUGUUCGUUGUUGUAAGUCGAUGCCCAGCUGUUCACCGUUCCAAAUGCAAGAUGAAAUGGAGAAGUAAACAAAAGCCACGUUGAAGGAUUAAAAGAAGACAAAGUGAAUUUCUUCACGAACUCAAAAGAAAGAAAGAAAAUAAGUUAAGCAUAAAUUGUUAAAUUAUUUCAUGUAAAAGUGUAUGCACGAAUACGAAUGCAUAUGUAUGUAUGUACAUGUGUUAUUUGUCAGCAGGUAGAUGAGGCAAAUGAAAAAUCGCGAAAGUGGAAAAUCAGCGGAAUAAUAAUUGUUUUGAAUAACUAAUAAAUGCACUUUUGUUAUUGUAAAUACAUAUUUACUUAACUUUAACAUUCAUAAAUGUGUAUGUACAUGCAUGUAAACAAUUAUGUCAAAGUAUGCGCGUAGGCAGCAGCGCGCAUAUCUGUCAUUCUAAUUUUUAUUCUUGUUUUUAUGAUUUUAUUUUCUUUUUGUUUAGUUUGCAUGUUUAAUAUGAGUACUUCACACACACACACAUAAUGCAAAAACCUGUAGUCAUACUUUAAUAAAGAAAUAUGGAAAGAAUCAGACCAAAGCAGGGCUUAACUCGCUUAAUUUCAGUCGGAAUUUUUUUCUCCACCAAACGGAACCAGUCGGUCGUGUGUGUGUGUGUAGUCGAAGAGAGGGCGCAUUUGCAGUUGUGCUCCAGGCAAGCAAUCGAGCGAUGCUCGAAAGAUAUUAUUUUUAUUUGUAGGCAAUCGAGUGAUGCUCAAAUGAGAAUUGUUCUUUUUUUAUUUGUAAAUUAGUUUACGCUUAUUUUUGUUUUUGGAUGAACAUUUGUUUUGAAUUUAUAACUAAAAUAAUUGAAAAAUUAGCAAAAUUUAUAAAAUAAAAAUAUUAAAAAUAUAGUUUUGAAACUUACAGUAGUGGACAUAAAAGUAUUAACAACCUUAAAAAAUUAAUUUCACUGACGUUAUUAAGUAAUUUACUGUAGCGGGCAUACAAAUGUUGCUACUGAAAAAAAACUAAUUCUAAUCGUUUUUGGAAAUAUACAGCUGCGUGCAUACAAAUGUUACCACUUAAAUAAUUAUUUUUUUUUUUAUCUUUUUCUACUAUUUGUCAAACGAAAACAUUUGGCAAUAUACAGUUGCGGCCGUAAAAUAUUAACUACAUUGAAAAAAUUAAUUUUUCCGUUGUUUCUCAAACAAAAAUAUUUUUUUAUGUGGAAA